CCAUGGCAGCAGGGUCGCGGCCUCGGCGCGGGCAGGCGGGGAGGCUGCAGGCAGCCCCGCGGCGGGCGAAGCCCCGGAACCGGACGGCAGCGCCGAGGGACGAUCGGGCAGCGCCGCCGCCAUGUCCCUGGGCACUGGGGACCCGGCCUCGGAGACGGGGGAUGACAGUCUGUCUGCGAUCACCUUCGACUCGGACUCUGAGACGAAAGCAAAAAGGAAGAGUUUCCACAAACCUCCGCCCACGUCACCGAAGUCCCCUUAUCACUCUAAGCCGAGAAAAGUGGCCUCCUGGAGAGCUCUGAGGACGCCAGCCAGCAUGCCUCUUGGGAGUAGGAUGUCCCUGACGCCCCAGAAGCUGUGGCUGGGAAGCUCAAAGCAAGGAAGCCUGACCCCAGCCCUGAAAUCAGAGCUCACCUUGGAGCGUGCAUGGACCCACCCCCCCAGCAGCAUCCCCGACGACCUGACAGAAGCGCUCAGAACGAAGAGGUCAAAUCUCAGGCGUUCUGCCAGUCACGGUUUCGUUCCCGGGACCCCCGUCUACAGAGAGAAGGAGGACAUGUACGACGAGAUCAUUGAGUUGAAGAAGUCAUUACACACGCAAAAAAGUGAUGUGGAUCUGAUGAGGACAAAGCUUCGGCGCUUAGAAGAGGAGAACAGCAGAAAGGACCGGCAGAUAGAGCAGCUUUUGGAGCCAUCCCGAGGCCCGGAAUUUGUUCGGACUCUGGCAGAGAAAAGGCCUGAUGCUGGCUGGGUGAUUAACGGGCUAAAGCAGAGGAUUCUCAAGCUGGAGCAGCAGUGCAAAGAGAAGGACAACACGAUCAACAAGCUGCAGACCGACAUGAAGACCACUAACUUGGAGGAGAUGCGGAUCGCCAUGGAGACCUACUACGAGGAGAUUCAUCGUCUCCAGACUCUCCUGGCGAGUUCGGAAACGACAGGAAAGAAGCCCCCAGUGGAGAAGAAAAUCGGCCUUAAAAGGCAGAAGAAAAUGAGCAGUGCCCUCCUGAGCUUGUCCCGGAGUGUCCAGGAGCUCACGGAGGAGAACCAGAGCCUCAAGGAGGACCUGGACCGCGUGCUGAGCAACUCCCCCACUGUCUCCAAGAUAAAGGGCUACGUGGAGUGGAGCAAGCCGCGGCUGCUUCGGCGGAUCGCAGAGCUGGAAAAAAAAAUAAGUUCGAUGGAAAGCCCCACAUGCCACGCUUCCGAGGGGGCCAGGUCAACACCCCCGGCUUACUCAGCGUGCAGCUCCACGGUGCAGCGGCAGCCCAGACCGGACCGCCAGGAGGAGAGCGAGCGUCUUCGGGGGGCGGUGAAGAGCCUGAAAGGCGAGCGGAGCGCCCUGCAGGCCCAGCUGCAGGAGAGAGAUUUGGAAGUGAAGCAGCUACUGCAGACCAAGGCUGACUUGCAGCGGGAGCUGGAAACCAUGCAGGAGGGUGAGAAGGAGAGACGAGGACGAGAGGAGGGUCUGAGAGAGGAGAUUCAAGCACUGACGGAGAAGCUUCGAAAACUGGAAGAAAGGAAGAAACAGGAGGCAGAUGGGCCCGUGGAGACGACUCCCGAGCCCCAGGAAGAGCCUGGCCCGCCCCAAGCCACCGCCAGCCGCUCCCAGCCAGACGCUGAGCCGGGCACCAGUGUGGGGGGCUCCCCCCGGCCUCCCACCACCUGCUCCGAGAGGAGAAGAGACGCGGCCGCCAGGGUCCUGCAGAGCAGGUGGAAGAUGUACCAGCGCCAGAAGAAGAAGGCUGCUCUGGAUGAGGCGGCUGUGGUGCUGCAGGCGGCUUUCAGGGGGCAUCUAGCGCGGGUGAAGCUGUUGUCGAGCAGAGCGUGCAGCUCGGAAGCCCCCAGCGUGCCAAGCCCUCCCCGCCAGAACCCUCCACAGCCUCUCAGCCCGAGCCCCGACGUCCAGGCCGGGGGUGACCCAGGGCAAGAAGAGGCCAUUACCAUCAUCCAGUCUGUCUUCCGGGCACACCUGGCACGGGCCAGGCACAGUGCUGCCGGUCCAAGAACUACCACCGCCACGUUUACUGAGAGAUCCGCAUGGACCCUGCAGGACGAGCCCUCCGCUCCACCCUUUCCUGAGGCUUCUCCCGAGCCCCCUCCCCCGGGGCAGCCGCCCGCAGGGCCUCCCCCUGCCGCCGAGGAAGUGAACUCCGACGACUCGGACGAGAUCGUCUUAGCCGUGUCUCUGCCCGCGAAGAGAAGCGCCUCCCGGCCCUAGGCCUCCCUCUGCUCGUUGCCCCGGUGCGGCGGUGCUCUGUCAGGUUAGGCUAGAGGACAAGUAACCACCAUUGGAAAGGAACUUACCCAGUGAGGGAAAGAACACCACCCGUUUAACCCUCCCCCGGGGUUCUCUUGGGUUGUACCUGUUUGCUUGUUUGUUUAGCGUCCCAGAGGCCUUUCUCUUUGGAAAGUGGUCGCCUUGUCCGCACCCCAUGGUCUUUAGUGCCAGACAGACUGGGGGGGGGGGCCCGCCAGGGAGCCCCACAGAAACACCUUCUCCUGGGGCCUUUGGCCGAGACUGGGCGGAGCAGCUUCACCUGGAUGGUGGUGCCCCUUCCCCCCUCCCCCCGCUCCUCGACACCCCCCCCCGCCCAGCUGGCACCUGCUCUGGCUGCAGCCCGGCAGGCAAGCCAGCCACUCUUUUUGGAAGUUGUGCCUUUGGGAAGGGCGAGCACCCAGGCCUGCAGUGGGUGGGCCCCCGCAGCCCCGAGACAAAACUUGGCCGUUUCAGAAGCUACGAGAUGAAUGCUGUCGGGGUCCCCAAACGGGUUCGGGUUCCUGGGGCUCCCCCUCCUGCCCCUCACCACACAGAUCUGUCUUCCGUCAUCCUCCCCAACCCCUGGGGGCACUGUCCCCGAGAGCUGCUGUUCCAGCAAGGAGUCUGGUGAUGGAUUUUGUCACUGAGUAGAUGAAGUCAACAAAACACCCAAUUAUAAUCACAGAAGCAGCAUCAGGUCUGCUUUGGAAACAUGCAGCACGAGGUUGUUCCCCAAGCCCAGGGGCAGGUGCUACGGCCCCUGCGGGGCGGCCCAGGGGGUGAAGGGAGGGAAAGGCCCCCCACCUUCGCUGGGUGCAGGCCCAGCCCCACGGGUGUGGCACAGAGGUCCUUCAGCAGCUGGUUCUGGUUCUCUGUCUGAGGUUAGCCCUUCCUGAUGGGUGGAAAGGAAGAGCCCAGGCUUGGGUGGCAGCCUAAGGGCACCUAGACCCCACCCCCACCCCAGGUCUGGUGCCGGACCGUCCCCUGAGCAUCCCGGGACGGCUGGCAUCACAGGGGAGAGCCGAGGGUGCAAAGCUCGCUUGUGGCCUGAACUCUAGGGAUGGUUCACUCGCUGGGUGACCCCUCCCCCUCCCCCACAGGGGGACCCCAGAGCCCUGGCAGUGCGGCGGCCCUUCUGAUGUUGAAACUCAGGGAGCCCAGCUCAGACUCGUCCUUUCGGCGGCUCCCGGGCCCUCCUCACAGUGAUCAGAAGCUUCUGGCUCGGCACUCAUGAGGCGCGUGGCCGGGAAGGGGGGCCCUGUCCUGUGGGAGAGGGAGGGGUCCCCCAGCCUGAGUCUCGCUGGGUCCCACCCAGCGCCUCUCCACACAGCUGCUCUUCAUACAGGGAGCGGAAAAAAGUUCGGCCGGGGGGCCAGGCUUGUGGGGGUUGUUCUUUAUUUGGUCUGUGAGCUGCCAGGUCCGUCUGUUCUUCUCUCGUCUCCCUCGGGCCUGAGUGCUAACUUGCCUGAGUUCCUUGCUGAUCCCUGUCUCCUGCACUGAGUCUGUUCCUCUUCGGGCUGUUGGCUCAGCCCAAGGCCUGUAGACACCCUUCCACCCAGUAAGGCACCCAGGGGGCCAUGACCUUGGGCCUGCAUGUCCCCAGGGGGCCGCUUCUCCCUCCCCACCCCCAUUCAAAAACUGGCCUUUCUGCAUUCCUCCUUGCUGUCUGGGUCCUUCGGCCAGUAGAUCCCAGGCAGGGCCACCCUGCCUGGGCCUGGGGGAAGUGCCCUGUGCACUGCGACCUGCAGGGGCCGGGCCACAGGCAGCGCUGAGAACGGCUAGGUCGGUUCGUGGACCUGACGUUUCCAAGCAGGUACCCCCGAGAAGUAUACAGGUGAGCAUUUGUCUGCCUCUGCUUGUUGGCUCCGGCAGGGCCGAUCGGGAAAAGUGAACUGAAGCCCCCUCGGGAGAUGACGCCCCUCGAGGCGGCGACCUCGGCUGAUGUCCGAUGCCCAAGGUCGCACGCCCUUUGCGGCAGCUCUGCGACCCUCACUUGUGUGAUCUGUUCCCUGGAGAAGGCCAGGUGCCCGGCCUGCGUGCAGGGCCCGCGGCUGCAGGAGCAGCACAGGGAGGGACGGGAGAGGGGCCUGGGGCCGAGAGGCCCCUUCCCCUGCGCCUGUCUCUGUGGCGCUACCCCACCGGACAGACCAGAAGGCUCAUCCCAGCCAAAAACACCAGUUGCACCAGGAAACGGUCAGCCACCAAGCUCCCAUCUACGGGGCGAGGCUGCAGGGCUCUGCUUCAUUUUUUAAGAAAUAAAUACCCUCUGCAGGA